AUGAAAAACUCAUCACAAAACAAACACAACAACACACAAAAGAAUAGUUCAACUCAAUCGGAGGAAAACUCUGUGAGUCCCAACUUUAUUAAAGGUGAAGACAAUACAAAAGAAUUAUAUGCCAAGUGCUGUUUAUUUUGGAAAAAGUUAGGAACUGAAUUCUCGGAGUGGUGGACAAAAUCCUUAUCGGAAAGCAAUAGAAAAGAAAUAUUACUGCAGGUUUCUCCAACAAUGAAAGAAGAGCCUCCUCUUGAUAAACAUGACUACGAAUUUACUGACCAUUUAGUUCCCGAAUUAUUUUGGAAGGAAUUAUCACACAAUGAAAAUGCUUUAAUUUCUUUGUGUUCUAUUUACUGCGUAUUGCCAUUAGAAAAGAUUGAAGACAUUGAAUACAAACGAAUGUAUGCAGCAAAAGACAUUACAUUCAAGAAUGUUCAGCUGCCCUAUGGUAAAUUAACUGCGUAUCAUGAUGGAAAAUUCUUCACUUUAAAGAAAGAUGCUUCUUUCUUGGAAGCCCAAAGGUUUAUGGCAAUAGUGACAUUGUGUGAUGCAAAUACGUUUUUCUUGGUUCAUCAGAGAUUAUCUUUGUUAUUUUUGACAAUUGGACUGAUCAUGGAUGAGUUUUUCGAGAAGAAAGGAGACAUUGGUGAACAAUUAAGGGCUGAACUUGAGAAGGAAAUAUCACAACAGCAGUCAAAAAAGUAG